AUGAGCGUGACACAGAUCGCCCAAACUGUGCUCCAAGCAGCGCGUGUUGCCCCAGAAAUAUUCCAACUGCGUUCCGACUACCGCGCCCUCUUGAUAGUGGUGGAGGGGAUUCCACCAGGCCCCAGUGACGAGGCCAGCGAUGCUCUUUUACAAGAAGCCGAAACCUACGUCCAAAAUCAGCUAUCCAAAACUCCCGCAACAGGAUUCCCACACAUCGCCGCCUGGCGAGAAACAUACAAGGCCUUUGGCGCCAAACCACAAAAAACACGGAAUAGUCUGGAGGCCCUGACACGGCGUGCAGAGGGCGGUCUGCCGCGAGUAAACCGGCUGACGGACAUCUACAAUGCCAUUUCGGUGAAGCACCAGAUCCCGCUCGGUGGCGAGGACUUGGACAAAUACAUCGGCUCGCCGUUUCUGAUUCGUGCUGCUGGCCACGAACAGUUCCAGACUUUCUCUGCCGGGGAGCCCCAGGCUGAGUCUGCUGCGCCCGGGGAGCCUGUUUGGUGCGACGAUGCUGGCGUUACUUGCCGCCGCUGGAAUUGGCGGCAGGGCCCGCGAACUGCUCUGACCGAUGAGACGACCCGUGUUCUGUUUAUCCUGGAUGCAUUGGCGCCACUUUCUGACGAGUCUCUCGUUCAAGCUGCCGACGAGCUUGUCUCGGCAUUGAAACGCCUUUCUUCGGGCGUGCGGGCUUCACGCCGGAUCAUUGAUGCCUCUGCUCCCAAUAGUCCUGACAAAUCUGGGGAUUCAAUCGAGCAUGAAACUGCAUACAAAUCAUUUUUGCGACCUGAAUAUAGAGGUUAG